GCGGCAGAACCGCGUCCGCUCUCUUGGCGUCCGUUCAGUCGACGGUGGAUACGGACGCGUUCGAAACCUGGUUUCUCACUGUCCGGCCAGCUCGCGGCGUUCGACCGUUGAAAUUUUAAAAUUCCAUCGACAGGUACGGCCCUUUCCAACUGGAAUAAUUCACGUGCUGUGUUUUGAGUGAAGUGGCACCGUUUUUUCGGUCGAAGAGUUCAAAAUGAGAGUCGUGGGAGUCCUGAUACUCGUCGUGGUCAUGGUGUGCGGACAACAAUACGGCGACCCACCCUACGACAAUAACAACAACAAUCAGCAGUUCGGCAACAAUCCCCAGUACGGAAAUGAUCGUCAAUACGACCGGAAUCGUCCGUAUGACGGUGACCGUCGUUAUGACAGCGACCGUCGGAAUGACGGCGGACGACCAUACGAUCCCAGUAGGCCGUACGACGGCAACAGGCAGUAUGAUUCGAACAACAACUCGCAAUACGGCAACAAUAGGCAAUACGAUAACAAUAACCCACAGUAUGGCUCUAACCGACAGUAUGACAACAACAGUCAAUACGGCGGAAACAAUCAAAAUUACGGCACCAACAGACAGUACGACAACAAUCAGCAAUACAACGGCCAGAACAAUAAUCAGCAGUUCAGUGACAACAACAGACAAUUCGGAAACAAUCCGCAAUUUGGAAACGGCGGACAGUAUGGCAACACUCAGUAUGACACGCAGCAGUAUGGCAGCAGCAACAGCCAGGAUGGUUGUUGCGAUGAAUACUGUUACACCGCCGAUCCAGAUCCGUACAUUCAGUUCGCGUCUAAAACUGCUUAUGACACCUUGGACAAAAGGAACGGUCUCCAGCACAAUGUUCCAGAUUGCACCCCAAUUCAGUUUUGGUCGCUGAAUAGACAUGGAACCAGACUUCCUGGAAGAAGACGCAUCGACAGUUUGCGUAACUUGUUGAGAAUUCGUGAUGAAAUAAUUAAGAAUCAUGAACAGCGACGAUCUUACCCAGACAAAGGUCGUUUGUGCCCUAGAGAUUAUGAUUUGAUAAAGAGAUGGCAAUGGAAUGAUACAGUUAAUGACGCAAAAGCGAAUAGUCUCACAAGUGAGGGUAUUAACGAAUUGAAGCUCUUAGCUGCGAGAUGGAAGGCUAAAUAUCCACAGAUCCUCAAUGAACCGUACUCUGAAAGAGCUUACUAUUUCCAAUAUACUGAUACAGACAGGACCCAUGACAGUUAUCAGGCAUUCAUUGAAGGAUUAUUUGGAAGUGAUGCUUACAGGGUUCAUGCAAACACAUUUUUAGACGAUAGACUUAUAAAGACUUACAAAAACUGCAACGCAUGGGAGAACCAAGUGGACAACAAUCCAAUGACAUAUUCCGAACACAAAGCAUUCACUCAAAGACGGGAGUAUACAGAAAUGGUACACAAUAUUUUCAGAAGAUUAGGUUUUAGAUAUACCUUGAACGCUAGCAUUAUCGACGACAUGUACGACAUGUGCCGGUAUGAGAAAGCGUGGAAUGUACAACGAUCAUCCCCUUGGUGUGUCGCCUUCAACAAGGAACAGCUCAAAAUGCUCGAAUACGGCGAAGAUCUCAUGAGUUUCUAUAAAGAAGGUUAUGGCAACGAGUUGAACAGGAAAGUUGGAUGCCCACCGCUGAAGGACUGGUAUGAACGUUUUCAGAAAACUGUAAACGGUGAAUCUGAUGGAAACAAGGCUACUUUCCUCUUCACACACUCUCAAACUAUCGCCUCAACUUUGACAGCAAUGGGAAUAGCCAGGGAUAAUCUACCUCUAAAAGCCGACAAUUAUUACCAACAAUCCAGAAGACACUGGAGGGAAUCGCAAAUAACUCCAUUCGCCGCUAAUCUCGUUGCAGUACUUUAUCAAUGCAGAUCCAGCGAACGAUACAAGGUGAUGUUCUUCUUGAACGAACAGCCCGUUGAAUUCCCGGAGUGUCAAGUUGGUCUCUGCAGUUGGGAUACGAUUGUACAAAAGUACAGAGACACCGUCGAUAGGUGCAAUGUGAACUUCUGCGACGGAAACUCCGCCACCAAAAUAUACAGUUCGUAUAUGUCGUAUGUGGCUUUAGCUAUUGGAUACAUGCUUUUUGCCAGGCUGUAGAUUUGUGCCAGUGACUGUAUUAUCGAGUGAAUCGUGCUUAUUUAAUACAUCUAUUUAAUAAACUUAUGGAUUUAAAGAUAGAAAUAUGCACCAAUGUAUCAUAAGUGGGAUCAAAUGGACACCAACAAGUAAAGUUUUCAUUAUCAAUAUCAUCUUUUUGGUAACCAAUAUUUGAUCCUAACAAAUCUGUACAAAUAGAUUUCAUUUAUUAUAGUUGUCAUAAGUUGAUUAUCAUAACAAGUGUUCUACAUUAAGUAAAUUAUAGUUAAUAGAAAAUGUAAUGCUAACACAAUAAGUAAAAAUUAAAUUAAAACCAGUUGUUUUCAGUUUUAUAUUAAUUUAUAAUGAAAUUAUUUUAUUUUGUAUACUUUUUUAUAUAUUGUAAUAACGUGUGUCUCAUAGCAUAGCAUAUUGUAGAAUUAAUCUUUUAGAUUUUUAGAUAUUUUCCGUCCAUAUUUUAGUUUAUGUUUGACUUGUUGUUAAUUUAUAUGGAUUUUUUAUUAAAUGUGAAGAAUUUAAGAUGUGUGACUUAUGUUACCUUUUUUAAUAAAAUCAAUGUUAUUUUAA